AUGCAAUCAGCAGGAGUUCAGACACAGCAGCAGUCACCUCCAAAAUCUGUUGGUCAACGCAUAAAAGAAACCUUGCAAACAUCAAAAAGUCAGUUAUGUCGAUCUCCAAAUGUCGCAGAUACAACUCUUGUUUCGGCCCCGAUUUCACCUCCUCCGCUUCGUGCCGCAGAAGUCAAUACAAUUCGCAUCAUCGGCCAGUAUCUCAAAAAUCUUGGAUUACAGGAAACCGUAGCGACACUGUUUGCGGAAAGUGGAUGUCGUCUUGAAGAUACUCUAGCAAUACGUUUGCGCGAAUAUAUCAUAGCAGGUGAAUGGGAUCAUGCACUUGGUAUCGUGGAUAAAAUGUCACCCUUUGUUGCGAAUCUGAACUUAUUGCGCAUCCGUGAAAAAUUGUACGAAGAAAAAUUCGUUGAUUUGCUAGGCAAAGAAAGGGUUUUGGAAGCACUCAGUUUGCUGACAGUAGAUUUUCCAUCAGAUCCAGCAUUUUUUGAUCGACGAAAUUUUCUUGCAACACUACUAUAUGUUGAUCCAAAGAGUGUAGACGUAUGUGCGAAAACGGGAGCACAUCGUACUGAACGAGAAAGAAAUAUACUGGUAGCUGAAAUUCAGCAGUUACUACCUACAACAGUCAUGCUACCGUGUAAUAGGCUGGAGAAAUUGCUCAUGCAGUCCUGGAAGAUGCAGUGUCGCGAAUGUUAUCUCCAUGUUAGGGAGGAUUUCGAUAUCUCCCCGGAUUAUAUUUUGGAAGACCAUCAGUGUGACUGGGAUCAUUUCCCUAUGUUUACUUCGCAGGUGCUAACGAAACAUACAGAUGAGGUUUGGUGCGCGGCGUUUUCACGUUGUGGAAAAUAUUUAGCAACAGGUAGCAGAUCCGGAGCAGCUCAUAUAUGGAAAAUAAUCAAUGAAGUUACAGUUGAAUCGUAUAAAGAGCUUACUGGAAGGAACAGUUCGUCUUUGUUAACUUGGAGUGACGAUGGUGUUCUUCUAGCAGUAAGCGCUGCAGACGGACACCUAGCAGAUGUUCACGUCUACGAUGUACAUAGCGGCAGCACAUUUUGUAUUAUCGAAAACAGAGCGAACGAUAGCACUGUUAUGUCGUUUGUUCCAAACUCAUCAUUUAAUUAUAGACUUGUUUGCGCUGAUCAAAUGGGACAUUUUUGUCUAUAUACUUUAUCGAAGAAUAGUGUGAAAUCUGAAGGUAAAUUCGAGGGUUAUAGGAUUCGUGCUGUACACUCUCUCAGGAAUGGAUCAGUAUUAGCAGCGGAUACUCACAACAGAAUUCGCAGUUAUCGAUUUAGUGACGAUUCUGAAGUAACGCUUAUUGAAGAACAAAGUCAGAUUUCAACAUUUGUGGUGGAUAAGUCGGAGCGACGUAUUUUGAUUGAUACUAAAUUGCACGGUUUGAGAUUAUGGGACUUAAGAACACGAACAUUAAUCAGAUCUUUUAUUGGUGCACCGCAUCAAGAUUUUAUUAUUCAUUCGACUUUUGGUGGUCCAGAGCAGUCUUAUAUCGCUACCGGUUCCACAGAUGAAUGUAUAUACGUAUGGAAGCAAAGUUCCGAGGAAUUGAUAGCAAAAUUGGCAGGGCAUACAGCACGUGUGAAUGCUGUGGCAUGGAAUCCUAGAUUACCACAAUUGGUUUCCUGCUCUGAUGAUUGUACAAUCCGUAUUUGGAGUCCGCUUGUCGGCAUUGAUUCAUCCACUAUUCAGCAGAAUUGA